GGCAUUCCAGGUACCGCUGCUCGCCUGCUCCCCGGCAUUCCCCUCGCCCGGGUUUCCCCCCGCCUCAGAUUCGCCUCACUGCACGCUUCUUGCCAGAUGCCCGGGGAGGAGGCGCUAGGGUUCAGGGAGGACGACGCCGUCCGGUUCAUCUUCGGGGAGGACGUCGCCGCCCGGAUGGAGGAGGACGGCGGCGGCGGCUUCGACGGCUCGCUCCUGGAGCUCCAGGCCUUCAGGGACGUCUUCUCCAGCUCCAGGGGAGCCGCCGGCCACUGCUGCCCGCCGCCCAUGGAGCCUGCAGGAGGGGGGCGGUUCAAGGUGGCCGAGACGUCGCUGCUUCCCGGCGCCCACUUUGCUCCUCAGCAACCUGCUGCUGCCGCGCCUCAGGCUCAAGUUUUCGCCGAUGCGCCUCCACGGUUCUGCGGCGAGCGCAUUGGUGCUGGCUGGGCGCGUGGUCUUGAUGUGGAUGCACAAUCACAUUGCCCCGUUGAGCCAAACGGGCUCAUGGAUGUCAGAGUGGAUCUUGGUGUCGAGGGGCACACACAUUUCCAAUCCGGGCAAAACGACGGUCGUAUGGAAGACAAAGUGGACAUUGGUGUCCAGGAGCAUGCACAUUGUCGCAGCCAGCCAAAUGCAAUCGAUGAACUGGCUCUCGAGCUGGAUACUGUGCUGCAGGGUUUCUUGGGAUGUGCAGCCGACGUGGUCGAGAACUCCAACCGGCAGCAAGUAUACGGCGCAGCGCUCAUGAGAAACCACAUGCAAGCAGCAGCUGAGGACAGAGUUGCCGGGAUCUGCGAUGCGGUCGGGUUCGGUGGCAGCAGCAGCACCAGCGGUGUCGACGAUCCCAUGCCGUCCUACAUCGACGCGCUAGCGGAUUUCUCGCAGUUCCAGAGCACCGCCUCUCUUUCCGACCCGUUUCUGUACCAGUGGCUACACGAUCAGCAGCCGUUCCCGAGCGACGCUGCCUCGUGCUUGAGUUAUGACAAAGGACAGAUGGUCGAUGCUAGUCAAGCCCUGUAUACAUCUAGCGGGACAGUUUUAUCUGAGAGAGGAGCCGGAGAAGGGUACCCGCUCUUCAGCAAGUCAACCUAUGAUACUGCAGUGGCAGUGGCACCACUCCUGUCCCAUGACCGCAUUGGCUCUGGGCAGCUUGCUGAACUUGAGCACCUCUGUGAAAAGGGCACACCGGAUGCAAAUAUUAGUUCACUUGAUGAUGGUGAUGUCCCUCAAUGCAGCAGUCUACAGUCCAUCCCACCUGCUGUUGGUUCUAAGAAGACAUCAAGCAGGGAUCUCCCCAAUCUGUUAGAGGCGCAUGCACAUUGCCUUUUCAAGGAUGCUGGCUGGACCAUCAGCCCGCGAAAAAGGAAUGACAGGGCUAAGAUGUCAUCCUAUUUCACAGCACCACACAGGGAAGUGGUCCUUAGCUCACUAACUCAGGCUUGGAAGUUCUGCGGUAACAAAUUAUAUGAAUCCUCUGUGGGCUCGGAACGGGGGAAGUAUCCCAUGGAGUGGUCAGAUGUUGAUAUGUUCUGGAAGGACCUCAUAGAUACAAUGGAGUAUAUCCAGAAGAUACUUGUGAACCAACACAACGCACUUACACUUCUUCAACGGUGGGAGCUUUUGGAUCCUUUCAUUGCUGUCGUGUUCAUCGGUAGGAAAAUUUUUGCUCUGCAAAAAUGUAAAACUGUCAGAGCUGUUGAUAGUUCAACAUUAGUCCUCGAUGACAACAGGAAUAUGUCUUCAGAGAGCAAAAGUACGCAGAAAGCCAGUAAAAGUACACAGAAAGCCAGUAAAAGUAUGCGGAAAUGUACUCCUGCGAUCACAGAAGCUGAUUGCAGAAAACAAGCAAGUGAGAGCUGCAGCAGGAGUCAGGCUGUGCCCAGCUGUCAUGACUUCGAAGGUGGCCAUAACAGAGAUAUCAACCUACAAAAUGGCUGCACACAGGGCCAGAAUAGCGGGGCAAGUGACGGAAAGGAGAAUCAUAUUUAUGUAAGCACAGAAACCCGGCAAUUCUGCUCCGGAGCAGCACUUAUCAAUGAUUCAGUGAAAAAAGCAAGGAAGAAGCCCAAAAUGAUACCUGAUAUUGAUGCAAAUGGAUUCGAUGAGCUGUAUUAUCAAAGCUUUGUGCAGCAUACUAUGGAGAAUGUAUUUAACCAACAGAGCAAUGUAGCCAUUCUUGACUUUUCUAAUCCAGAAAACAUUAACCUCUCAGAAAAACAUGGUAUUUGUUCAUCUGUUGGCACAUUGAAAAAGUAUUUGAAAGCUGAACCCAGAUCAGCAAAGCUAAAUGGAAACAGCCAAAGCAACAAACCUGGCAUGUUGUGGCCUAUAGAGAGCAAGCAAAUGAGUAUGUUACGAGGUGAGGGUACAGUAAAAGAACCUAAGGAGCAUUCAAUCUCAGAACCUGAUUCCAAUGCGAAGGAGUCAGGUGCCAAUGAAACCAUCACUAUAGAAAUGGUCCACAAGAAGUUACCUUCAGAGGCCAAGCAGAUGAGUGUGUUAAGAGGUGAGUGUACUGUUAAAGAACCUAGGGAGCAUAUAAUCUCAGGACCUGAUUCUAGUGCAAGGGAGUCAGGUGCCAAUGAAACUGUUCUUAUAGAAAUGGUCCACAUGAAGUCACCUUCUGAGAGCAAGCAGAGCAUUUUAAGAGGUGAGGGUACUGUUAAAGAACCUAUGGAGCAUACAGUCUCAAAAUCUGAUUCAAAUGCAAGGGAGUCGAGUGCCAAUGAGAUGGUCCCUAUAGAAAUGGUCCACAAGAAGUUGCCUUCAGAGAGCAAGCAGAUGAGUACGUUAAGAGGUGAGUGUACUGUUGAAGAAUCUACGGAGCAUACAAUCUUAAAACCUGAUUCAAUUGCAAGAGAAUCGAGCACCAAUGAGAUCGUCCCUAUAGAAAUGGUCCACAAGGAGUUGCCAUCGUUGAAGGAAUCAUCUCUUGGAAUUCCUCCAAAGGACUCACAUAAGGUUUCAAACUGCAAUUCUGUUCCUGCUGAGUUAUCCCGUGAAUCUAAUGCUGCUUUCCUGAAAACUGAUUUAUCUCGCGAGGCACAAAUCUGCAAGAUGGCCACUGCUAAAAGGAAACAUGAAGGUUGUGAUAAAUAUGGCAAGAAGAGGCCCUGUGAGUUGCGUAUCAAUGACGACGACCUUCUGAUCGCAGCUAUUGUAAAAAACAGGGAUGUUGCCUCCUACCACAAAUAUGCUGCAAGCUCAUUUUUUCAAGGUGCAAAGUACAAAAAGCCUAAGAGCCAGAAGCGAAGUACUAAACUGCUUGCUCGAACAUCUGGAAAAGGAGGGACAAACCUACUGGGUGGGAAGAGAAUAAGUUUGACACGGAAAACUGUGCUCUGCUGGUUGAUUGCAACUGGCUUUCUGACAGUAAAAGAUGUUGUUCAGUACCGGAAUCUGGAGAGCAAUGAAGUUAUUAAGGAUGGCCAGGUCACCUGGGAAGGCAUUCUUUGCAAAUGUUGCUCAAAAACCUUAUCUGUAUCAGACUUCAAGGCUCAUGCUGGUUGUUGUAUGCCUAUGUCCUCAUUAGGCCUCUUUCUGCAGUCUGGCAAGUCAUAUACUCUAUGCCAGGUAGAGGCCUGGUCUUCUGAAUUGAUAAUCAGGAGAAGUGAUGCAAGUGGAAAGAAAGUCGAGGCGAUGGAUGAAAAUGACGAUACAUGUGGUUUCUGUGGAGAUGGCGGUGAAUUACUUUGCUGUGACAAUUGCCCAUCAACAUAUCAUGAAGCUUGCUUGUCUACCCAGGAGCUUCCUGAAGGCAGUUGGUACUGCCAUAAAUGCACAUGCCGGAAUUGUGGAAAUCCAGUUAGUGAAAAGGAGGUUUCGUCCUCAGAUAUCUUAAAAUGUCUGCAGUGUGGAGAUGCAUACCAUGACACAUGCAUUAAGCACGAGAUGCUGCCCUGUGAUGGUCAAGGAUCUGACACAUGGUUUUGUGGGAGAUACUGUAAGGAGAUAUUUGUUGGACUACAUAGUCAUGUUGGGAUAGAGAAUAUUAUUGACAAUGAGCUUUCAUGGAGCAUAUUGAAGUGCUGUAGUGAUGGACGGAGGCUACACUCUUCCCGGAAGAUUGCCCAUAUGACAGAAUGUAAUACAAAAUUGGCGGUGGCUCUUACUUUAUUGGAGGAAUGUUUCAUUCGCAUGGUGGAUCCUAGAACUGGUGUAGACAUGAUACCACAUGUCUUGUACAAUAAGGGAUCAAACUUCGCGCGCUUAGAUUAUCAGGGAUUCUACACUGUAAUCCUGGAGAAAGGUGAUGAGAUUCUAUGCGUAGCAUCUAUCAGGUUACAUGGGACCAAAGCAGCCGAGCUGCCUUUCAUCGCUACUUGUGUGGAUUAUCGCCGUCAAGGGAUGUGCCGAAGAUUGCUGGAUAUCAUUGAAAAGAUGCUGAGAUCGUUCCAUGUGGAGAUGUUGGUCCUUUCUGCCAUCCCAGAGUUGGUUAAUACAUGGAUCUCAGGAUUUGGUUUCAAACUUAUCGAGGAUGAUGAGAAGAAACAACUUCGUAACGUUAAUUUGAUGUUGUUUCCUGGGUCAUCCUUGCUAACCAAAAGAUUGGAUGGAACAACAAUUGCAAAACCUGAGAAGGAAAACAGCGCAUGUAAUGUUUCUGGAUUAACUAAUGGCAAGUGUUUAUCUAAGGGGAAAGCAAAUGCGCAUCUUGAACUCCGUGACCUUGAAUUGCCAGAGGAGUUGAAUCCUGAGGUUGCAAUAAACGGUUCUUUCGGAACACUGAAACGUGAAUGUAAUCCCGCAGCAUGGUUCAAUUCCGCUAAGUUAGCUGUUGGGGAAGUGUGAUUUUCUCACGGAAUCAAACAUCGGGCCUCUAUACUUGGUGGGCUAUCUGUGCUAGCCAACUUUGUCUUGCUGAUCUAGGGCUGAACAGUGAUAGAGAAGCUUGCUGCCGUGGUCAUGCAACUGCUUCCAGUCCCAAUGCUGCGCCGUGGAUGUUCACGCACAUUAAAGGCAUGCAGUGCAGCAGCUUUUUUCUAAAGCAGGCUUCAUCAGAGUUGUAUGUCAACUGAUCAGAGGACAUACUCAUCCUAGAAUGCUUAUUGAACUGGAUCGAAGACAGUGUAAAACAUGUCGAAAACAGAAACUAAAACAGAGCCUGGUCCCUUGAGCAUGUAAAAGCGGUGUUAUGAUCUCCUGAAUCAACUGCUUCCAUGAGGUGGGAUGACAGGGUGCCAGACUCAAGCACCCGAGCUGUGGUAACCGGUCUGGCAAUUGAAGGACAAGAAAAGAUGUGAAGACAGUGUAACAGGUGACCCUUGAGCCCUUGUUGUUAGGAGGUUAUUGAAGCACUUUGUUCGGCACAAAAGGGGUAAUGCGGAAUAGAUUCGAGUAUUUAGCAUCUUCAAGGUAUGCCUGCAAGCAGUUUGUAGAGCCAUCCAGAAUGUUUCAGUUCGAGCCAUCAGCAAACAAGCUGGUGCAGUCCGGUCUGCGUACAGCACCAACGCAUCGUAAGCUUCCUCUCAGAUGCGCACGCUUGAAUGGUGAGAUGAUUUAUGAACUGUACCCAGGCACCUGCACUUGCCCUUGAUCUGUAUAAGGACUUGUGGCGUGGCAAAUGCUGGCAAGUUACUCGUCCAAUGUCAGUGUUCCGUUGAUCAGAUGCGAGCUAGAGCAACUCCAUUGCUGCAAGCCUGCAACCAGCCCUUCCACUUUGUGUGUGGCAAUGGAACCAGCAACAAUAUAUGUUGAAGCCGUUUCUUCCUCUUUGUGGGUGCAGUUCAUUUGUGGAGCAUGUAUGGUCAGACCAUAUCAGUGGAUGUUUCUGAACAUGGAAUUUUUGUAUUGGAAUGAAUCCAAAGAAAUGUUUCGUAUCCCUAGAUGUACUGUAAUGCUAGCACUCUUGCACACUUGACAAAUUAAUGAAACUAUGUAUCAUCCCUU